AGGAAGCUCAUCAAUUCUUACAAACACGCAUUGCUGGCAACCAUGAAUAGAACACUUCAAAAGUCCAUCGGACACCAAGUUGAGGAUCUUAUACUGGACUGUGAAUGGAAUGGGGAAGCGUGUGGACCACAGUUAGUACAGUAACUAUGUUUGCUAUGUGAUUCUUAACUCCGCUGAAGUUGUCGACGCGCCCAUGGUAGCCUUCGUAGCAGGCGCUUGGAAGUAGUGGGCGAAAGAGAGAACGGGCGCGCGCAAGGGAGACACGAAAGGGGUGAGGGAGCUCUCUCUCCCUUCGCGUGUCUCCUUCUCGCACGCCCGUUUUUUCUUGUGCCCAGUACUUCCAUGGAUUAACUGAAUGACAGACUGACUGACUGUCCAACCCGUGGACACCCAUGUGGAUCCUUGUCCCUUGUACGAUCAAACCCCGUUAAUACAGACACUGGGGGUAUAGAAAGUGUCCGAAACUGACGGGUAUAGAAAAUGUCCGUAAUAACGAGGUGUCUAUAUUAAGGGUUCAUGUUGUAAUUUACGUCAAAAGUACACCUUAAUUUAAACAAAUAGAGUACUAAAGAGUGUAACAAGACAUAAGCAUCAUUAAUUAAUCUCAAACGUUUACAAAGCCGUCCUUCCGUCGUCAUAAAUCUCUUGUGGAAGAGGAUCUUCACUGGAACUUUGUGGUCAACUUAACAUGUUUGUUUUUUGCCGUUGUUGUUUUUUCUCUAGCCUGUUUGACUGAAUCGCCUGAAUCACGCUCAUUCGGGUAUACUGAUUGAAAAUCUUUGCAGCUCUGCGGAAGUUAGGUGUUAAAGUUACCCAUGACAAUUUGGACAAUUAAUUUUGAAUAUCUUGUGAUCUCUUGUCUUGUACUAACAAAGCAAAAAAAUUAAAAGUGAAGGGAAUCUGUAUUUUGAACAGUCUAUCUUUUCUAGAUCGAAUUACUAAGCUUUUAUUUCGUCUUCUUUAGGAAUUUCACAUACUUCUACAACUACGUGUUUGGUAACUGUUAUGUGUUUAAUGAAAGGAAAGUCAAAACUAACGUCACGGCACCGGGAAGUGAAAAUGGUAAGCUCUUCAUCAAAGCUGCAAUAUCACAAGACACUUGGGAACUAGCCCUGGUGCUGUCAGGAGAGCAUUUCCCGGAGAUGAACAACCCCAAGACUAAGUCAAUUAUUUUUAGACACACUUGAGGCUCCGUAUCUGUACGCAUCCGGCAAUAAUAAUUACAAAACUCCUUGAAAACUAAAUAAAGAUGCUUUUUCAGUAGUCGUCAAAAGACUGAUUUCUCUACCUCACAUUCGAAGGCUGGAUCUCACCGCCACACCUUUUAAUUUCUGUUGAGUCAGAUGUCUUUUAGAUGUUCCUAGGCGACCAGCUGGCCUAUAAACAUGUUUUUUUUUGUUAUCUUGCAUCAGGAUUAUCUCUAGUCCUAAACAUUGAAGCGGAUGAUUACUAUGAAGAUUUUUCAGAGUCAUAUGGAGCUGUAGUGGAUGUUACGAGCACAAUGGAGAUGCACUUUCCGGAGGAGAAUGGGUACCUCAUUGCACCAGGGCAAGCUACAAACAUUGGUUUCACAAAAGUGAGUUUCCCAAAGUUUCUCGCCGGCCACAUCAAGCCACAUCAACAUCAUUUUAGCCACAUCAAGGAUAACGUUUACCUUGCAAGUGUCAUGUUUACUACAAAGAUUAUUCUAUGUGUGUAAUAUGUAGAUUUAGCCAAGGCUAAAGGCGAAGCUCCCUUUAAUGAAAAACAUUGCAAAGAAAUCCACUUGGAGUAGAGCCUGCAAUCAGUUGAAAACCAGCGACUUGUGAGCGGUUAACUCGAUGUGUUGCACUUGAGCCCUCGAUACAGUCAUGUGCUACUGGUCAGCGGAUACCUUCUUUUUACAACUGUCAAUUGACAAAAAUUCAGGUUGCAGGCUACCACACUAGCUAGAAAUCAAAGUGUGUCAUUUCACAUUGGUUUCCCUGUGUUACGGACGGACGGACAGUCGGGCGGACGUACGAUCACGUGUGUUCCAAAUUUUCCUAGCUAUGGGGCUCCGCUAUGACUUUUUCUACCCUAUUUUUCAUGAUUUCAAUUUUCCCCCUUUUCCAUUCAAAAUACAACCCAAAUGCCUCCUUCAUUGAUCUUCCAUCAUCUUUAGAUACCCAGAAGUAGCUGAGGUGGUUCAACAGAGACCCUGCCCGGGUGCCUUACCAUUAACCCGGGGGGAUGUUCCCCCACUUGGGCACUACCCUGAGGUGGGCAGUGACAUGCCAUCAGUAUGGAAUUUCUCUGCUCGCUCUUCAGUCGUCAUUUCGCAGGAAAACCAGAAGUGGUGUUGCGAACUCAGGUCGCAUGUAUGGCUGAAAUGUAAUUUCUAGGGUUUCCUUGGUAUUUUAUCACUGAAAGUGGCUGAACCAGUUCAGGAGACAUUGAAGUUGAGUAUGAGGGAAACUUUCCUUAUACCCCUCCCCUGACCUACUUACUCGUCACUUAAGGAGGGGUAGGUGGCCAGUUUGUCAGAAUCUUUAACUGAUCUGAAUCAUUUACAAGUAAAAUGUCCAGGAUCACUACCGUUCUUCUUGUAAACUUUGAGAUGAUUUUGCACCUGGGUUUCCGAGGGUUAGCUUUCACUGGAGUAUGAAAUCCUAUGGGCUGUACUUAAAAAACUGAUGGAUUUUCCGUGAACGCAUAGAUCUAAUGAGCAAACACUACCUGCUUAUCUAUACAGAGAAUUGUUAGUCGACUAGACAAGCCAUAUGAGGGAACAUCUUGCAGUAAAGGCGGAUACAUUAUCUACGUAAACAGAAGUUACUCGGAAAUGGCAAGUCAUGUUGUUGUUGUUUUUGUCAUUGUUUUAGCCUGCGAGCAAGCUCUCUGGGGCGUUCUGGGUUCCCGCCCCGCCGCUAGAACGCCCCGGAGAGCUUGCUCGCAGGCUAUCGUUGUUUAAUAGUUGUGAUCUUUUCGAUCGAUUAACACUUCCGCAGGAACAGGAAGCUGUUGCCUAAGGUUACGAAGCAUGUGCCACGUAUAGUAACAAGCAGACAACAUGAUAGGAUGCGAGCGCAUUUGAAAUGAUAAAAAGAGCUCUGUUCGUUUACUGAGACUUAAAAGGGGUCGUGUCACGUCUGUCUAAUUUAUUUUGUUAAUAUUGGCAAUUACACGUCCUUAUCCCAAAGAAACUUUGUGUUAGCAAAGCAUUUACUUGUAAAUGGCAAAUCCACUGUUUCAUGUGAAACAAAAUUGUUCCCCAAGCAUUACAUCAAAAGUUACAGGAAAUAAAAAGAACGUUGAAAAACUGUUAGGCAGUAAAAAGGUUUCAAAAACCUCGAUUCCAUUCCGUAUCAAUUUUCUUCAAGUUUAUCCAGCCGUUCCUCUCUUCAUAUUUGCUAUGUUUUUUAUACAUUCCUUUAAUAUUUUGAGCUGCUAUUUUUUAAGCAUUUCUUCGUGAUAAAGCUUUUUUGAAAUGCUACUGAGAAAAACAAACAGGGAGAAAAAAAGCACGCGUUAAGAGGAGGCUGCGAUUGUGUCAUUGCUAAAAAGAUUUCGCGGAACUUAGGGUUUCAAAGUCAGAAUCUUGCUUACUACAGCAUUCUAAGGUACAAUAACUGCACUUUGAUGGAAUAGCCUGCAGAAAGUCCUUUUGUUUAUGGUCUUAGGCCUGUAAAAAGUCUUGUGUUGCCAACAAGCAGUUGAGAAAUUGUGGGUGCUCUGGAGCGGCUUAUCCUAUCACACCAAAUUGUGAUCCAUUUGAUUCAGUUCAAGGUGCGUUGCUCUGGCUGUUUUUUUUCUUACGCUCGUUUCCUCGACACUAAAAUCUAUAUGAGAAUUAUCAUACUCAUGCUUUAUUUUCAAUCGAAACACCAGCUUUAGUACCAAUCAGAUGUCACAAAAUUGAAUAAAAUAUUCCCUAGGAGCCGUAAAGGACAGCUCCCAAAACGUUCCCGAAAUAGGCAUGGGGUUUCCAGUGAAAACUUCCUGGUAAAUGUUUUAUUGACUGUAACUGAAUAGAACAAACACAAUCGAAGACUUACUUCAGAUGAUCUUCAAGAUUAUAAUUCAAAACCUUCAGACUAGCAAUACAUCAUCUUCUCGGAAUAACAAUCAAAGACAACAGCAGAAAACAUUCAGAAUCUUCAAGAAAAUUUCGUGAGGGGAUGGAAUUUUCCAAAACGGGGACACUUGAUACUGACGUCAUGCUGAGUGCCAGUUCCCCACAGUAACAAAGGCUUCUGGGUAACUUGCGAAAGAACCCUGACAAAGUCAAAAAUUUUCUUAGCCUAUGAUUGGCUGAGGUAGGUGGCGCGGGAGUCACUCCGUCUCUCUUAUUUGUUACCGACUGAAGUAAUACUCUUCCCUUCUCUAUUAAGCUUAUGUACCCUUUUCCAACCAUUUGCGUUGUUUGAAUGCACAGUCUCCGCUUGGUUGUAACACCUGACUAGGUUUGCCCGCCCUCAACACUGAAAGCACGAUAAGUUCUAGGCUCUUGUAUUUCCCGUCUUGCAGGACUAACAUUAUGAAGGUUUUCAUCAUAUAACCACGGAUGAAUUACCAAGCGAAGUUUCCGCGAAAACAUGAUAUCUUCACAUGUGAAAACAACAUUUCAUGCAGCUUGUUAUCUUUGAGCGUGAAGAGAUCAUCUUUACUACAUGAUGAAUCGCGCCUGUGGUAGCAAAAAAAAACUUAUAGGUUAAAAGACAUGGAAUUUCAUUGGUGUUUAUAUAAUGAUUAGAUCAUGACAUGGCCGCUUGGAGAUACGAGAUUCUCUUUUCGUCCUCAAAAACAGGAUGUUGUGUAUUUAGGCAUCAUGGGCUGAGAUUUAGGCAUCAUCGGCCGACAGUCGAUGCGCUUAUUCGUGAAAUGAUGAAAUGCUUUUCAACACUCGAAGAGGAAUUUCGUCUCUCCAAGUUGCCUUGUAAGAUCCUCUAUUUUCCAGGGUCAUCAAUUCUUUUGUUCGUUAUGUUUAAAAUUCAAAAUACUACAAUUCCCGUUCCUUUCAUCUUUAAAAAGCAUAGCAUUCAUUUAAUUAUAAGGGUCUUUUGAUUAGGAGUACAUUUUUUGUGAGAAUCACUGUAAAACCUUUGUCGAUUAUUAACAAAUGCAUUGUCUUUUUAUAUAUCAAGUACGAUGUGCCAAAGAACUGAGUCGCGAAAUAAGGUUGGGAAACAUUCCAUGCAACUGUCCUCAAGACUGCAGGCAAGUCAAUGCGAAACCAAAGCUCGGAUAUGAACAUAUUACCAGUUACUGGUCAGGCACUCUUUCUGACAGCUGCACCCACAAAUUUGUUCCUCAACGACGGUUACACUAGGUAUCAUAUUCUUAGAUAAAAGGCUCCAAAUCACGGCCCCGGGGGAGGUUCUCAACCUAUAUUUGUACGGGAGGCUCCGCCGCUAGGGCCAACCGUAUAGACACGUUGAAUUCUGCAAAGCUGAUCGUACUACGUGAAAAUUAACUUUGCAAGACAUCAACACGACACCAAAAGAACCCAAAACAGAGCGGGGUUGUAGCCGUCGACAGUUGUUCCGCCAUUAUUGUGGCUCGUCAGGACGGCGUAAUAAACAGCAAAUAUCUGCUGAAAAAUAACCCGCUCACUCUGAUUUGAGCCAUGACAUUGAACUCCAACACCCACAGCCGAAUCACGCCAUAUUACGUGUCUCCGGGAGGGCAAGAGUCCAAGUGUCGAGUUGAUGUCUCGCAAAGAAAAUAUAGGAUGGACAGAACCAACCAUAGGAACAUGGACAAACCAUACAAAAUGUAGAGCACAUCGGAUCUAUAAAAUAGACCUUCAAAGUAGACACAGUAGAACCCAAGACAGAGCGGGGUUCUUUCUUUUGGGUUCUUUCGGUUUCGUGUUGAUGUCUUGCAACGUUAAUUUUCACGUAGUAGGAUCAAUUUUGCACAAUUGCAAGUCAAUGUGUCUACUUUGUAUAAUUUGGCUGAUCAGGUCUUCUGUUAGAUCCUACGUUCUGCGGCAUAUUCGUUUGCGGUCUUUUGCAGUUCAUGUCUAUCUGCCAAACUUAUCAUGGCCCCUUUAUAUACCAUUUUUGACAGAUACGGUCUGGGUCGUAAAGCAUCAUCAGUAUGGAAUUUCUGCAAUCGUUUCUGUCAUUUCGCAGGAAAUCCCCAAUAGGGUUCUUACAUCCCGUAAUCCCGACCCAAAAUCUGGUGCAAUCCCGUAAUCCCGAGGGUUAGUUUUGGCAUCCCACCUUGCGCCCGUACUUUCAAUCCCGAAUCUCGUCCGCAUUUUACCUUCAUAUCCCGAAUCUCGAGCUUCAAAUAAGGGAAAUCCCGGAUCCCGAAAACCCUACUGGGGAUCCUCAUUGGUCGCUCGCGAAAUGACUACUCAACAUGAAGCCUGCCUCGUAAUCAACCCAGGGAAAGGGCGAAGUAAAUCGGGUGUACGAGGAAGAAAAAAGGGAACUUUCCCAUCACAAGAUGUCCCUCUUUCUCCUUAAUUACCAACGCCCUUUGAAAGCCUGCUUUACAGGCUACUCAAUCUGUAGCUUAAGUGCGAGGCAAAGUGAACUUUUCAGACCGGAAAGAUCUGAAACUUGGCUCUCACAUGUCUUGAUUCUUUUUAGGUUAUUCGAGUAUCCUGCUACUGUAUCCUCAGCAAUAUGGCCGACUGAAGGAUACCUGGUGAGCUGAUUUAUCUUUAAACAGCCUCUCUUAUCCUUUAUGACGUCCAACCGAGGCAAGAGAAAAGGGGAUAGGCUUACGACGGUACCCCCCACCCACCAUGAGUGGGCAGUAACGAGGGCGCAUCUAGACACCCAUGGCUAUAGACUGAGCCAAGGAAGGGGUAGUCUCCGAAAACAGCCGUUUCUCCCCACUCCUCGCGGCUGGGGAGGGGAAACGGCUGUUUUCGCAGGCUAAGGAAGGGGGCUACUUACUUUUUCUUUCCCUAUGUACCUUUCCUAUGGGCAUCAUCCCUGACGCACCUCCAAGCCUUGUAUCCGUUACAUGUCCCAUAUGAUGCUGGCGAGGAUAAAACAGUUUAGUAAGUUAAUCUAGCCACCCUUCGAUGUGGAAUCUCAUAAACAGGCCGUGAUACAUGUAAGAUAUCGCAAUACUUUUGUGUAAAUCAUCAGCAUUGGUUUUCUUUAUAAUUUAUUAGAAGUCGCAUCUGCUGGAAAGAUUGGGCAAUAGAGCUUUCAAUACAGUGAGUGAUAUAACACAAGCCAGGUAUGAUAACAAUAGCUCAGUUUCCUUUUCCUCUUCAUUCAGGUCUUACUUUCCUGUCUUUUAGAUAAGGAUGAGAACUAACCUGCAAAUCAGUCGUAUUUUGCAGUGCGAACGAUGAUACUCUUGUGAUACUGUUCUCCCACCAUGUUGGACGUUGAAACUGAUGGAGAGUUGGGGCAAGUCAAAAAAUGAUUUUAAGGGAGAGCUUGACGGUUCAAAAAAGAACAGGAGGCAACUGCUUUAGUGCAUGCGCAUGGCGGCCGAGGUUAAUGAACCUCUGAGCUUAGGCUAAUGAACACCAAACCGAAAACUAAGAAAUAAAUACCGAUCUGAUGCAAGAAAUGGCUUUGUUCAGUCUUUAACAAAUUGUUUUUCCUUAACAGAAGAAAUUUGGCGCGGGUUGACGUUUACUACAAGAGCAUGACAACAGAGAUCAUCCAACAAGUGCCAAGAUACGAGGUGAAUGAAGACUGUAUCCACAAGUUUUGCAAAGUUCAAAAGGCCAGUUUUGAAUUAUAAUGAAUUAUACUUGGCUCAGUGGGUGAGGGAAGCAGUGUCCAAUCUCUCUAAAGAGGACACUUUUGGGACCGGCACAUAGUGUCCGUCCACGAGUGUUGCCCGUCUCAUAGAGAGUCAAAUAAAGGGAGCAGAGAAAAGUCGGGACAUCUCUUAGUGUCCGUAUCACCGAGGUGUCCGUUAAAAGAGAGUCCAAUGUAAAACAAAACAUGUCAAUGAUUUAUCAGUGGAUCUCAAUGCGAUUUCUUUUGAUUUAUAAACCCCAGCCUCUGAGUGAGGUAUGAACUUUAAAAAUUCGAAACUGGUCUUUGAAAACGUAUUACUGUUGGGGAUAACCUUGUGAUGAACUGAUAUCCAAUUCCGACCAGGAGGACUAUAGACAUUUCAGGGCCAGAUAACGUAACCUCCGACGUAACUGGUAACGUCUGGUGUUGAAAUAAAGAGUUUGACUGGAGUCCGACGUCAAUGGUUAAAGCAGCUGACCCAAGGUGUUUCACCCAACUGUAACCGGGCUGAGUACCAUCCGUUUGGGUCACCUUGAGGGAGUCCAUUCCUUUUAAGCGCGGUGGUUCCCUUGGGCUUCCUCGCAAUUAGCCUUAAAAUAUUUAGAACUUGUUGCCUGUAUAUCUUAAUGGCAAAACAAUAAACUGAAACUGACGUGGGUCGUUGGCACAGCUCCUUUGUCUAUAUUUGGGGUUGAUUCUUAAAGUAAACUUUUUAUUUAGAAAUAAUGAAGCGUAGUAUUGGAAUAGACAGACAACACUCUGCGAUGUACGAAUAUCAUGGAAUAUUGAUUCAUCAGUAAAUUUAUUUUUGUACUUUAUUUUCUUAGUUUAAAGAUCUCAUCAGCAACAUCGGAGGUUCAUUGGGACUUUUCGCAGGAGUAUCUCUUUUGACUCUGCUGGAAAUUUGCAAGUUGCUGUUUGACUUGGCGGGUUCGUUUUGCAAGAAAUUUGAAGAAAAAGUAAACUCCGUCGACCCCGACAUAAAGAAAAAGAAGAAAGAAAUGACUUAAGCGUUGUAACAUCGUUCCCAGAUAUUUUCCAGCCAUGGGAACGAGGUUGACACCCAUCAUUUCGAAGUUAGUCUAAAAAUGCCUCAGUCAUUCCAUACUCUGCAAUCAUUUGGCAACCACAAUUCUUGUUGUUUUUGUGUUCCUUUUUCGUUUUCCUCUGGAUGGAACAAUUCUUCGGCGGAAACUAGCCUGCGUGGCAGGCGUUUGAAAGGGAAGGGAAAGGGAGCUUUGUGAAAGGGAGUUUUAGGCGCGAGAGAACGCGAGGGGCGCGAGGGGCGAGGGGCGCGAGGGGCUCCCUCCUCCCUCGCGNGUCCGACGUCAAUGGUUAAAGCAGCUGACCCAAGGUGUUUCACCCAACUGUAACCGGGCUGAGUACCAUCCGUUUGGGUCACCUUGAGGGAGUCCAUUCCUUUUAAGCGCGGUGGUUCCCUUGGGCUUCCUCGCAAUUAGCCUUAAAAUAUUUAGAACUUGUUGCCUGUAUAUCUUAAUGGCAAAACAAUAAACUGAAACUGACGUGGGUCGUUGGCACAGCUCCUUUGUCUAUAUUUGGGGUUGAUUCUUAAAGUAAACUUUUUAUUUAGAAAUAAUGAAGCGUAGUAUUGGAAUAGACAGACAACACUCUGCGAUGUACGAAUAUCAUGGAAUAUUGAUUCAUCAGUAAAUUUAUUUUUGUACUUUAUUUUCUUAGUUUAAAGAUCUCAUCAGCAACAUCGGAGGUUCAUUGGGACUUUUCGCAGGAGUAUCUCUUUUGACUCUGCUGGAAAUUUGCAAGUUGCUGUUUGACUUGGCGGGUUCGUUUUGCAAGAAAUUUGAAGAAAAAGUAAACUCCGUCGACCCCGACAUAAAGAAAAAGAAGAAAGAAAUGACUUAA